AAGAUCCUUCUGUUUGAUGUUUCAGAAUUGUAAUUUGAGUUCCGUCAUCCAAUUGCAAGCUACACGUCGUCUGUGAUUGUCAAUUUUCUAUUCAGACAUUCUGUGAAUAGUGUCAGUCCAAGUGAAAUACAAGAAAACAAAUCCCUCUCUCCUCCGUCCUCUCUCCUCUCCCCGCUCUCUGAACUCUCCUUUUAGGUAGGCAUGACUGCAGCCACCAAGAAACACCUACCCUCCUCCUCUAAGCCACCCAAGAACCACCACUCUAACCCCAACACCACCACCACAACAACCCCACAACCUAACAUCACUCAAAACCCUAACCCAACCACUAAUCCAUCACCACUAUCUCCCACCCUCAAAGACCAGGUUUUGUCACGCGCCUCCCACAUCACGCGCCAAGAACUCCUCAAAAGAAGGUCUUACAAGCUAAAACAACUCUCAAAAUGUUUCAAAGAUCAUUACUGGGCAUUAAUGGAAGAACUCAAGAUUCAGUACAGAGAGUACUAUUGGGAAUAUGGUGUCAGCCCUUUUAAAGAAGACCAUCAAAACACCCUUCAAAAACAAGAACAGCAGAAACAGGGUGGUGGGAUUGGCGUUCUAGAGAGGGAGAAUGAAGAGAGUGGGGCUAAUAUUGAAGUUAUUGGUGAAAAUAACACUAAUGUUAGUGAUUUGAAGAGUAAUCAUAGGUGUUUGUUUGUUGGGUGUAAGUUAAAGGCUAUGGCUUUGACAAGUUUUUGUCAUCUUCAUAUACUUUCUGAUGCAAAGCAGAAGCUUUACAAGCCUUGUGGUUAUGUUAUCAAAAGUGCUCAGGCUGGACCGAUAACAUGUGGAAAGCCAAUACUGAGAUCAACUGCUCCUUCUCUCUGCACCAUCCAUGUCCAAAAGGCCCAGAAACAUGUGACUCAGGCUCUGAGGAAAGCAGGCCUUAAUGUUUCUUCAUCGAGUAAGCUUGCUCCUAAAUUUCAUGUCAUUGUGACAGAAUAUGUGCGUCAAAUUCAAUUCAAAAGAAAGGCUGCAGAAAGGGGAAAUCAGAGUAAAGUCAUGGACAAGGAAGUGACUGCUAGCUGAGCUGUUUCUCCAUUGUAGAGAUGACUUAUGAAGCAUGAGUAAACAUUGUUGGAAUAACCCAAGAUAUUCUUGUCCAGGUGUUUUAUCUUCUAUUGACAACACUAGGUGUAGUAUAAUGGUUUUACUACAUGGACUGCACUAGCUACUUUUUGGAUUGUAUGGCACAACCAGGCGUUUUAUGGGGGUGAAAUCCUUGAUCUUUAUGACAAGAUUGUUAAAGCGGUUUAUAUGAUAAAGAUUGCCAUUUAUUUUAACUUAGGCUACUGUAACUUGUCUACUUAAUGCGAGGAAGCAUCAUCCAAGUCUCUACUGUUAUCCAGCCCCUGCAAUUGGAGUUUUUAAAGAUGAGCCCGCUGAACAUCAUCCAAGUCUCUACUGUUAUCCAGCCCCAGCAAAAAAGUAACCAAGUCACUCAACAGCAUGUCGGUGGCAUGACCUGUGUUGAAUACAUUAUCACAUCAAAUGGCUUCCAAUGAUAAACCCGACCUUAUGUCCAGGAGAUUAUGGUCAAGUUAAACCACCGCUCAAGCUUGAAUUGGGCAUGACCUGUCUAGAUUGCGGCCCCAGCCUUGGGACUGGGAGCACUGCUUCAAAUUUUCAUUUUGAAAGCAGUCUUCUCUGCAAAACUGAUAAUAGAAUCUGCUACAAUUAACUUCUCCAGUGAUGCAUGAUCUUACUACAAUCACAACAACAAUAAGUGUGUUUGUGAACAUGCUGAUCCUAUGAUUCUUGUAAAUAUAUGUCAACAAAUCUCCAGUGAUCCUAUGAUUCUUCGUCAACAAA